CCGAAUACGAGUCUGGGCUGCAAUAUCGGUGUUGAUGACUACAACUGGCAUGUUUACAAUGAGGGUCUUUCUUCCUCUCGUCCUGCUGCUACCAUUAGGUAUGAGUUACUAUUUUAUACGUAGUUAGCUAGCUACAGGAACGUACUGUUUCGAUAAAGAUUUUUCCUUAGUUCACACCUACUCGGAGAUGUGCAACGCCAAUGAAGCCGAUUUGGGCUUUACCAGUUUCCUCUACAAUGAGAGUGAUGAGACGUUACACAUAGAAAUUGGAGUUGGUGAUGAGGCUCAAGGGACGAACGUUAUUGUAUUUCUAUGCUGAUACAGAGAAUACAACCGCUCGAAGUGCGAAUUUAGCGAACGGCCAAAGUUUGGAUUUACCAAUUCAUGAUGAUCAAAUCUAUUACUUCGCUAUAGAAAGUAGCAAAUCUAUGUAUUGUGUGGCAAUUGGGCCAUCAUUUUUCAGGAAUGCAAGCCUCAGGGCAAAGCCCACUGAAAAUUGUGGCAUUUACCGUGUUUCUGGCCUGAAAGCAUUUACACCAGAUUUAUUCACAGUCAAUUUGACUGAAAUUCAAGUCAAUAAUAACGAUGGAACAUUAGCAUGCUACAAUCAAACUGACUGUGAGAACAUGACAUGCUUUGAUUUCAGUGGGAAAAGUGAGAGCUUUACAAUAUUUGCAUAUAAAGAGCAGCAUGUAGCUGAAGAUGUUGACCUUGAUUUCUGCGAUAUAGAGAGAAAACUUCUGUGGAGCAUCUACGUUCCAAUUCAAGGUGAUUCCGAUGCUAAUAAACAAUGCCCGUCCCCAACAUUAACUUAUCCGACCUCUACUCCAACACUGGCUACAACUCGGUUAUCAAUGACACCACCACCAACGUCAACCGGCCACGGCUCCAGUGUUUGUGUUAGCAACAUUCAGAGCCUGUUGCUACUGGUAGUCGCUGUUGGAUGUGGAAGCUUCACUUAGAGGCUAACUCAUGUGUACAUAAAGAGAACCAAAAUUUGUAUUAGAAUGCUAAGUAUCUAUGAUUAUAAAAACAUAUAGUGUGGGACUGUCUAAUCUAUAUAAUAUUAUGCCCCCC